UCUGAUUGGUAGUUGUGAAGGGCGAAUGGGAAGGGAGAGUCCAAGAGAGAAACGGUUUUGGUUCUCCCGCCGUUAGAGUCGACGGGAAGAGGACGAGAGGCGUUUCCAAACAUGGAGGGUUCGUCUGCCUCCGCCGACGUGAUUCGUGUCGCCAGUAGCAGCAGCCUUAUAAGCGACGGGGGGAGCUUGGCGGUGAAGGUGAUUCCGUUGCAGCCUCCCCCGGCGCCGCCCUCCCUUGAAUCGCAGUCGGCGGAGGUCUACGGGCGGUGGGCGGCCAGGGUGCGUAGCAUGUCCGCUAUGGACUGGAUGGAGCUCCUCCUCCCCUGCACCCGAUGGAUGAGGAACUAUCGGCUUAGGGAAUACCUCCAGGCUGACCUCAUGGCCGGUAUCACCGUCGGCGUCAUUCUCGUACCGCAGUCCAUGUCGUACGCAAAGUUAGCAAGCCUUAAUCCAAUUUACGGACUUUAUGGGGGUUUCGUUCCAGUAUUUGUGUAUGCCAUAUUCGGCUCAUCACGCCAGCUUGCCGUUGGUCCCGUGGCUUUGACCUCCCUUCUAGUGUCCAACGUCCUCACUCCCAUCGUUGAUCCUUCAGACAAAUUGUAUACAGAGCUGGCAAUAUUGAUGUCGCUCAUGGUUGGCAUAUUUGAAUGUUUAAUGGGCUUAUUACGGCUCGGAUGGCUGAUUCGUUUUGUUAAUCACUCUGUGAUAUCAGGCUUCACAACUGCUUCAGCCAUUGUAAUUGCACUAUCCCAGUUAAAAUACUUCGUCGGAUACAGUAUAGUUCGCAGUAGCAAAAUAAUACCUCUAGUCAAGAGCAUAAUUGCUGGUGCUGGUAAUUUUUCAUGGCCGCCCUUCGUUAUGGGAUCUAUUUUCCUGGCAAUUCUUCUUGUGAUGAAGCACCUGGGGAAAUCAAGGAAGAAAUUCAGGAGUCUUAGAGCAGCUGGUCCACUUACACCUGUCAUACUUGGCACAGUUUUUGUCAAAAUAUUUCAUCCAGAUUCAAUUUCAGUUGUAGGUGAUAUACCUCAGGGACUGCCAAAGUUCUCCAUCCCUACAGGAUUUGAGAAUGUCAAGUCCCUAAUUCCUACUGCAUUACUCAUUACCGGUGUGGCCAUUUUGGAAUCUGUGGGCAUUGCUAAAGCCUUGGCGGUGAAAAAUGGGUAUGAACUAGAUUCAAAUCAAGAGUUGUUUGGUCUUGGUGUGGCAAAUAUUUGUGGAUCUUUCUUCUCCUCAUAUCCUUCAACAGGUUCUUUUUCUAGGUCAGCUGUGAAUAAUGAGAGUGGUGCCCGAACUGGGUUAUCUGGAAUUGUGAUGGGAAUUAUAAUGUCGUGUGCUCUUUUAUUUAUGACACCACUUUUCACUGACAUUCCUCAGUGUGCUCUAGCUGCCAUCGUGAUAUCUGCUGUCAUGGGACUAGUGGAUUAUGAAGAAGCUAUUUUCUUGUGGUGUGUAGAUAAGAAAGAUUUUACUCUCUGGACGAUUACAUUCAUUAUAACAUUAUUCUUUAGCAUUGAGAUUGGUGUUCUUUUGGGGGUUGGUUUCUCACUUGCAUUUGUCAUCUAUGAAUCAGCAAAUCCCCACAUUGCUGUCCUGGGGCGUCUUCCCGGAACCACUCUAUAUAGAAAUGUUGUACAAUACCCUGAAGCACACACGUACAAUGGAAUUGUGGUUAUCCGAAUUGACGCACCAAUCUAUUUUGCAAACAUAAGUUGCAUUAAAGACAGAUUACGCGAAUAUGAGCUAAAUGUCGACAGUAGCACAAAACGUGGAUUAGAUGUUGGACGAAUAUAUUUCAUUAUCCUUGAAAUGUCACCUGUUGCAUACAUCGACUCGAGUGCAGUUCAAGCUCUGAAGGAUUUGCACCAGGAGUACAAACCAAGAGGCAUCCAGAUUGCCAUUGCCAAUCCGAACCAAGGAGUUCAUCUUCUACUGUCGCGGGCUGGAGUCAUAGACCUGAUUGGCGCGGAAUGGUUCUUUGUGAGAGUGCACGAUGCCGUGCAGGUUUGCCUUCGGCACGUACAGAACAUGAAUCCAUCCUCGCCCAAAGUUUCAGACAACACUGCCUCGAAACCAAAGAGACAGUUCAGCUUCCUACAGAGCCUAUGGAAUCGUCAACGAGACUCAGAUGGCACCACUCCAGCGGAAGAACCUCUAUUGCCACACAAUGAAGUUGUCCAAGUGUAAAUUGGAAGUAGUCACAUUAUACAUGAUUGCUCAGUGUUCAUUCCCCUUAUUAUUAUUUUUUCUCCUGAACUACUAUUUUCUUUGCUCAGUAGAUUGAGCAUCUUAUUUUAUUUUGUAUACAGAAAUGUAAUCAUGAUUGAUUUUGUUAUACUAUCUAAUAAAAAUGGGAUUGAGUUC